CUCUUCAGUCUAAUGUUUUCUCUGAUGGAGUCUGACCAUCAAACUUGUCCAUAAUGGCUCCUCUUCGUCUUCUAUCGUCUGUUUAUGUGUGUCUGUGCGCGUGCCUGACGGUGUCCGUCUCUCUGAGGGUCUCCGAACGGACUCCUGUCACCUGCUCCCGACAGGGUUUGGUUUGUAGAGUCGAAGUCAGUAACUGUAUGGACAGCGGCUGGCUGGUCAGUCAUAACUACACUCCGUCCGCUCCAGAGCAGCUGCAGGUUUCUUGGGAGCCGAGGAUGGACGAGGCGGGUCAGCUGCAGCCGAUGCUGCUCGCUGAGUGGAAGCUAAAGGAUGAUGGUAGUAUUACAUUCCUGAAGGCCACCGAGUUACACGUCCUGGUGGAACCGACCAAUGAGAACCUCUGCGUUCGAUACAUCCUGAGUAAAACUCUGCCUGGGAGGACAUCUGCACGGGAGCAGUGGUCGUUUGUUGCUGACAUGUUGGUGCUGGACCCCGGGCAGACGUACAGAGUUUCCAUCUUUAACAUCCCCAAACCAGAGCUAGAAUACAGCCACUACGAUGUCAGCAAAGUCAUCACCGUCCCUGGCUGUGAAGACUCCAGCAUGAAGAUGACCCACUUCUGCAUUGAAAAAGGAAGUAUGUGGGAGCCAAAUAUCAGCAUUUCUGCAGACAAACAAGGAUCAGCUCUGACUGUCAGCUUCAGUCCUGACGUGCUCUGUGAAGAGUACAUCGUGAUUGCUCGCUGCUCAACAGCCAAAAAUGUUACCAGAGCAUCCAGGAUGAACCAGACGUCCCUGGAUGUAACAUUCAACCUCGAAAGGUGGCCAAGGUCGUGCUGCCAGUUUGAUGUUGAGAUUAAACCACUGUUUCCAUCAUGUGGUCAGGACUGUGCUCGUUCAAAGAGAACACAGGAUAUUUGUCCUGCUGAUCCAAAACCAACGCCACCAGAUUCCUCUGCUGUCCCCCCUUACACGUUCGUCUCAUUGGGAGUGGUGGUGAUGUGUUUGGUGGCCGUCGCUGUUGCAUUUGUCCUUUGCAAGAAGACAGGCAGAAGUGAUGACCCUUCAGAACCACCUGGAGUUAAGAAGAUAAAGCUGCAUAAACAGGCUCCCAAAGUGCUGGUUAUCUACUCCCAGGACCACCGCCUCUACAGAGACAUCGUGCUCAAGCUCUGCGCUUUCCUCCAGGCAAAGUGUGGCACCAAGGUGCUGGUAGACCUGCUGGACACUACCUCAGUUGGCAUGGUGGGUCGUGUUCGCUGGCUCGAGUGGCAACGGCAGCAGCUAACAAAUCCCUCUGAUAAAAUCCUGGUGCUGUGCUCCAAGGGCGUCCAGGCAAAGUGGAGAGCCAUGUGCGGUCAGGAACGGGUGCAGCUGAGGGAAGAUGUUCUGUCUCCAACUGAUGACAUGCUCACGCCUUUUCUGAACCUCUUCCUUCCUGACAUGCACCAGGCAAGGAUGCAUGGGAAGUACAUGGUGGCUUACUUUGAUGACAUCAGUAGCGAAGAAGAUGUGCCAUCAGUGUUUGACAUCGGGAUAAAAUAUAAGCUCAUGAAGCACUUUGAGGAGCUGUACUUCCGUAUCCUGGAUGAGGAGAAGUAUCAGCCUGAUCAUGUCAAACAUGUUGAGGGAAUCAGUGGGGAUGACUACUUCAACUGUGACUCCGGUGGGGAUCUGAAGAACGCCAUUGAGAUCUUUCGGGCCUACCAGCUGGAAAACCCUGACUGGUUUGAAAGGGAGUGCAUGGAUGCUGAAGAGGAGGUCAUGGCUGAGUCGAAGCAUCUCCUUGACCAAAUGAAGAUCCCUCCAGUCCUGGAGUGUGUUCCUCUGAUCAGAGGUGGACCUCCUGUCCACAUCCAUGACAUACAAAUCAAUGAAGGUGGACAUAGUGUCCAUGUCCUUACACCUGAACUCAACACACAGCACCAGAUAUCAUCAGUGGUUGAACUUACACCUUUAGUGAACCCUGAGGUCAACCAUUAUCCUUCAAGCUUGGUUGAAGUCUUGACAGACCACCCCCAGAGCUUCAUUCAAGAUUCUGUAUACUCAGCUGAGCCUGUCUUCAACAUGCCGCCACCUUUGAGGCAAAACUGGCCCUUGCUACAGGUAGAACCCUCAGGCCAAUCUCCAACAGAGGACAACGAAGAGGAUUCCCUCCUACCUACGAGCCAAAUCUCUUCACAGCCACACCCAACAAGCCUGGCACUCGUGAAUUCCUUGGACUCAAACCCUCCAGAAUCCUCUCAUUCCAACACACAGAGUGAAUAUUUACCUGGAUCGGUAAUCAGCCAAUGCCAGCCUGUGGAGGUAGAUGUUCUGGAGUCUGGUGGAAAGGGUCAAAUCAGUGGAUCAGAUCAGGGCUACAUCUCCAAAAUCUCAUCCCAGCAUGAAGCCCCCUUUAAAGAUCCUCUGGCAGCUCUGAGGGGGCUGCAGGAAGCGCUGCUUCAGGACAAUCUCAGGUACUUUGAUGAACAGGCGGAGGGGAACUGAUGCAACAGUCAUGAGUCAACCAAAAUGAUUCUAAGUAGACCUUCACUGACUGCAAGGAUGCAGCUGUAGCCUGAUGGGUGACACAUGGCCUACCAGUAAGGUCACGCCCCAUAGACUAAUGCUACAGUCCAACCUGGCUCAGGUUCAAGUCCAGCCUGUGGAUCUAUCCCUGCAAGUCAUUCCCCACUAUCUCUACGCCAGUUUCCCACUCUAGGCACUGUCCUAUCAAAUAAAGCAAAAAAAAAGUCCCCAAAUCAGAAAAAUCUUUACAAUAGGGCCCUGAUGGGACCCAGAUGGCCUUGGGGUAAGAUCAUGCCAAAUAUUCUGCAGUCUGACAAGCCAGUGGCUCAGGUUCAAUAUUGAUGUCUUCACAUCUAAACUGUAAUCAAUGGCUUAGACUGGUCAUGAACCCUGAGACCAACCAGUAUUCUCUGAACCUGUUCGAAGUCUUAAUAGAUCACUCGUACCCUCACGGUCUCACCACCUCCAAGACAGGACCUGCACCUUGGUCAGGUAGAAUCCAAGCAAAAAUCCAAGAAAACCAAAGACUGUGAAGAAGAUUCCUUUCUGCCUAUAAGCCAAGGUACAUCUUGAUUAUUAAGAACUUCCAGGACUCAAACCUUCCAGAAACUUCAUGUUCCAGUUGGCAAAGUGAAUAUUUCUCUUCAGCUGAAAUCAGCCACCUACACAACAUGUCCAAACAGUGUGAGCAGGCAUCUGCAACAAAUCAGUUUCUUAAAUUUGUCUUAUUGUACUAACAGCUUUUGAGCAUUGCAGCAUGAUUCAGCGUGUUGACUUGACUAGGUUUAAAAGCUCAGCCGUGUCAGGAAGUUGUUUAGAACAGAAGUAAUAGAACAGGAAGUAGUUUUCACCAAAAGAGGAUGUUUGCAUGAGGACAGUUGGCCUGUCUUGCUAUACAACACAUAAUAGUUAUUUCCUAUUUUGUAAAGAAUAUGUUUUAAAGUGCCAAAAAUUCUGCUCCAACACAAACAGCACAACACAUCUCCUGAAGCCCCUAUUUCUGCAGAUACAACUUCCCUGAGUUUCAGUCAGUUUAUGAGGGGGCAUUCAGUCAGGAAGAACUGGUGUCAGUCAUGAAAAGGUGAAUGAUUUUGUAAUUUUUCUGAUGAUUGACCAAUGGAGCUUGUUAAGGCAAAGUUUGAACUAAAUUUCCAAUGAAAGCUCAGGAGGUCUUGAAAAUUUUCCUUUGAAAAUGUAAGAGAUUUCUGAACAUUAUAAAAUCCACCUACAUUUCCAAAUAUUUCUAAGACAUUACCAAAAUAUUCUUUGAUUAUUGAAAAAAACAAUUAAAUCCCAUAAAAAUACCCCAAAUUUCUUCAAAUAAUCCAUAAAUGUUUCAGUUAAACUUUCUGAAAAACCUAACAAUUUUUAUAAAAAAGAAAAUUCAAAAUUCUCAAGCUAAUUUCAGCAAAAGAAAUUCUUAUCAAAUUCCCAAAUAAAUUCCUUGGAAAAUUUCACAACAAAUUAUGGAAAAAUUACCAAACAGAUUCCCUCAAAUUUACAUAAUGGUUCAGAAAAUAUGUAAGGGAACUCACCCAAAAUUUCCUAUCAAAUUCUCAUAAACAAAUUACCCCAAAAUCUAUGAUAAAUUAUGGAAAAUUUCAAAACAAAGUCAUUCAAAUUUCUAAUGAAAUUCAAGAAAAUUACCAAGAGAAAUCCCCCCAAAUUUCCAAUAAAAAGAAAAAUCUCAAAUAAAUUCCCAAAUAAUUCCAUAAUAAAUUAUGAAAAAUUCCCAAACAAAUUCCCUUAAAUAUCCGUGAAAAUUCAGGAAUAAGGGACUUGUGAAAACUUUCCAAUAAAAUUUACAAAAAUGUACACAAAUCACUGUUAGAAAAAUUUAAAACCAAAAUUCCCCCAAAACUUGAAAUCAGAUAUUCCAAAGGUAUACAAAUAUAUCCCCCAAAAUUUUACAAAAAUUUCAAAGCAAAUUCCUUUAGUAUUCCAAGCAUACUUCAAUGGCAAUUUCAGGAAAUUUACUUUAAAAAUUCUAGUAUUUGAAUUUUGUUUUUUGUUGAAGGAAGGCCAAGAUAUGAUCUCAGGAGGUAAAUAACUUUUAUAUCUGAUACUGAAACUAAAUAGAGCCCAUGGUUCACCUCUGUUAAUUGUUCAUCAAUACAAACCACCAAUUUUCUAUCUCACCUCCUUCAAAAUAAGAGCACUAAAUACUCUAAGAGGAGGGCUGAAGUUUGCAGUGCAGAAAUUUAAAUACUGAAUGGAUGUGAUGUGGACAGUAAGCGUCAGGCAUUGCGGGAUGCAACACAACAUCUGACACUUGCAUGCUGUUUUGACAGUCAGGCUCUGGAGGUGCCUUUGAAAGUGCUAAAAAUAUUUUUAUGAUCAAAAGUGAAGACCUACAAAGCCAUGAUUUUAAAGAAUGUAUUUGCUUGCUUUUUAUUGACAUGUAUUUUUUUGUACUUUAUCUACAUGUAUUUCUUGAAUGGAUCAUGCAUUUACCGGACUCAAAUGCUGGUCCACUGCAAAGACUAUGUUUGAUUAUUUGAGCAGCUGGAAAAAGAAUGGACUUAUUUGUGCUCUGUUUUAGAUUCAGCAUCUAAUUGUUGCUUGAGAUUGUGCAGAUAAAUCAAUCUUAAUUUUCAGUUUAUCACUCAGGAUGGAGGAUGCAAGGCUUAAGUAUCAAAAUGAACAAUUAACUUCCCAUAAGUCCAAGUUUGUUUUUAUGUGAAUGUUUUAUCUUUGUUUUUCUUUCUCACCAAGUUUCUAAUACCACAGAUUGUUUUUAACAUCGGCUCACUGGCUCAGUCUUCUGCCCUGAUUUCUAUGUUAUUGACUCUGCCAGUAACAGACAUGUCUGUUAAAGAUUCAGCCAUGGGAGUCAAAGUAUGCACUACAAUUCAAGGAGGCUGAUUUAAUCAGUUAUGUGUUUUUUAUUAUAGAGAUUGAUUUUUUCAUUUUGUGUUGUUAGAAUGGAUCAUUGGAUUGGCAGGGAUUGAUCAUGGAAAUUCAGACAUUGUUUAAGGAAACUGUUGGACUUUUGAAGCAGAUGAAAUGAUGGAAUCAGUUUCACUUAGGGUCUGAUUGUGUCUUGAGGAAGUGCAGCUGUCAAUCAAUCUUUAUUUGUAUGUAUUUGUAUUUUAUAUAUAUUUGUAACAAGUGAAAAUGGAUAUAUCAAGAAUGAAUUUAUAUUUGAUGAUUUACCUAUAAUGGAAGGUGCAAGGCUUGAAUAUUAUGAAGACAAAAAAGCAACUUUUCACAAGUCCAAAUUUACCUUUCUAUGAGCGAUAUCCAGGUGCAUCUCAAAACAUUAGAAUAUCAUGAAAAAGCCUAUUUUUUUCUGUGAUUUUAAUUGAAAAAGUCAAACAUCUUGUAUUCUAGUUACAUCUCAUACAAAGUUCAAUAUUUAAAGAUCUUUUUUGUUUUAAUCUAGAUCAUGAAAAUCAAAAAUCCACUAUCUGAAAUAUUAGAAUAUUGGGUAAAAGUCCAAUAUGCAAAAGAUUCCAAAACCAUACUUGGAUUUGCAGUGAUUGGAAAGUGAAAAUUCAGAUCCUGCGAAGAAGCCGGAUUGUAAAUUUGAAACAAUAUGCAGAAAGUGGAAGGAGCGUGGUUAUUUUUAGAGGCCUGCAGCUCCUCUUUUCCCCUGAGCCUUCUGCGAGCUCGUUGUUUCAGUUGUGAAGCCAACCUGGAUGAUUUUUGAACAUUGUUAUGUAACACUGAAGCUAUAAAAGAUCUUUUUCUCUGCUUCUUGGGGACUGAACACAAAGUGUUGGAAGUAUCUGACUCUUCUCUUCUGUUAAGCUGACAUAAAGGAAAUGUUUUGUGCUGACAUGAUGGGUGAAAAUAGAAAGAGUAAAAGCACAGCUGUCAGAGAGGGAAAAUUACACUCAAACAUGCAUACUGCAUACCAAGCUAACGGAUAGAUUGAGAGUCACGAUGCAUUCUGAAGUGGUUUAAUAUGACUGUAGUGCAGCUGUAGGGUAUUGUGACAUCGUGCUGGAGUGUUGUGGUGCAGAGGGAGCUGAGCAGAAAGACAAACCUUCCACCUGACCCGCCCUUCUGCAUUCCAACUCUCAUGAGCUUCAUGUAGGAGCUGAAAAAAUCAUAUUACAGUAAAAAUGAGUUUCCUCUAAAGGGUGGCGUGGCUCAGCCUUCCUAGACACCCAAUAAACAGUAGUUUGUUGUUCUUAAUCAUCACUUCCUCCACACUGUAAAGUAGCACAAAUAGAGUUAGUGCCUUUCCAAACCAUGUCCAAUCAAUUUAAUUUACCAUAGAUGGACUCAAAUCAAAGCAUAAAACAUCUCAGCAAAGAUACAGAGAAACGGAAGGAAUAUUGGCUAAAUUUCGAGUAUUGAAUAAAAGAAUCCUCUGCUUUCACUUUGUAAUGAAAGGGUACUGAGAGUAGUAUGGUAAAUGGGACAGAGCAGCAGGGGUCAUGAACAAGGUCAGCAACACAAGACCAAAGAUGCAGCCCGACAGGACAUGCUACAGAUGCGGUGGAGAAACCACCUGACCCAAGGCUGCAGGUUUGCCAAUGAAAAAGCUCACAACUGUGGAAAAGUAGGAGGCGUAAAAAGAGCCUGCAGAAACAACAGGAAGUAAAGAAAAGAUGACAGUUUCAGGGGGAGCAAAACAAGAAUGGAAAGAGAGUUAAUUUCAUAUAAUAGGACUGAGAGAGAGUGAUAAUGAGGUUGUUUUCACUGAGAUCUUCUGCACUGGGUCUGUUAUUUCUGGGUGCAUUUUUUUGGAUCUGGAAUGAAUCUUGCACACUGAGUCCAUUGGUUUCAUUUGUAUUUCCUAUAAAAAUUCAUAGAAAAUGGCAAAUUGUUAUGUACUGUGAGCCUAUGGCUCCAGGGGCAAAGUUAGGCAAUACACAUAACUAACUUGACCCUUUCUCCUGCACCAUCCUGUCCUCUAACAGUUUGAAAUUCUCUUUAAAAGUGUGAAAUAGAAAUUAAACUUUGUCAUGUUAACCUGGUAUUAAAGCUUUGAAAGAUUACAUUUAAAUAAAGUGUUAAUAUGUGAACCAUAUCAUUUUAGAUUUUCAUUUAAAAAACAUCAAAAAUACAUUUGGUGUAAUUGUUAUUUUACCAUUGUUUUAUAAUAAAUACUAGACAAAUAUAUGAAAUUAAAAUA